AGACGCCUGUGUUGAUAUGGAGAUACUGACUGACCCUAAUCUCGCGGUUUUUCCCGCUGGAGAAAAGGAGACAGACGCAAUUAAAUUCGUUCUUAUACCCCCUUCCCAUCACCGUCUGGCGUUGUAAAAUAUUGCUCGCAAUUGGCCGACAGUUGCUACAGAAAGACUGCAAAGAUGGCCGCAUUUGCACACCACGCCCUUUCCACGGGAUGGAGCCUCAGGGACAGUGAAGACCAGUCACCAAAUGCGUGGCUGUCUGUUCCUGUCGUGCCCUCCGUCGUUCAUCAGGAUUUGCAGGCAAAUAACAAGUUAGAAAACCCGUUCAUUGGCUUCAAUGAAUUGGGCGCGAGAUGGGUCAAUGAGAAAUCAUGGACCUACCGCAAUGUCUUCCAAAAGCCGACAGUGCCUGCGGGAUCCUCGAUUGUGUUGGCCUUUGAUGGGCUGGACACAUUUGCGAAGGUAAAACUCAAUGGAGAGACCAUUCUAGAGAGCAAUAAUAUGUUUCUCGCCUACCGGGUGGAUGUGACCAAGGCCCUGGAGGCUGAAGGUGAACACACUCUAGAGAUUGACUUCGACUGUGCCCUGCUGCGAGCUCGGGAGCUCCGAAAGCAGGAUCCCGCGCACAAAUGGGAAUCCUUCAAUGGAGACCCCUCAAGAAUGGCUGUUAGGAAAGCUCAGUAUCACUGGGGCUGGGACUGGGGCCCGGUCCUAAUGACUGCAGGCAUCUGGAGAGAAGUCCGUCUUGAAGUUUAUUCUGCGAGGGUAUCAGAUCUUUGGACUCAGGUAGAGCUGGCCACGGAUCACCAGCAGGCGCAAAUUUCUGCAUUUGCGGAAAUCGAUACUAGCGAAUCUGAUGCCUCAUACAAAGCCACCUUUACGCUAAGUCUUCACGGCCAGGAGAUUGCCCGUGGGGUCGCUACUCCGGAGAACAAUGUGGCGAAAGUAAGUUUCGCUUUGCAGGAGCCCUCCCUUUGGUGGCCUAAUGGCUAUGGAGACCAAACUCUCUAUGAGAUCUCAGUGUCUCUUGAAAAGGGAGACGCCCAGAUUCAACAACUGUCGAAGAAGUUUGGUAUUCGAACCGCAGAGGUCAUCCAGCAACCCGACAAACACGGGAAAUCUUUCUAUUUUCGCAUCAACGGUGUUGAUAUUUUCUGCGGUGGGGCAUGUUGGAUUCCCGCGGACAGCCUUCUCACCAACGUCACACCUGAACGCUAUCGUAAAUGGAUUCAGUUGAUGGCCGCUGGACAUCAGGUCAUGAUUCGAGUGUGGGGCGGUGGUAUUUACGAGGACGAGAGCUUCUACCAGGCCUGUGAUGAGAUCGGCAUCAUGGUCUGGCAGGAUUUUAUGUUCGGCUGUGGUAACUACCCAACAUGGCCUGAUCUACUGGAGUCGGUGGAAAAAGAGGCCACAUACAACAUGCGCAGACUACGUCACCAUCCUUCUAUCGUAAUCUGGGUUGGCAACAAUGAGGACUACCAGGUCCAAGAGUCGGCGGGCCUUACGUACAACUACGAAGACAAGGAUCCGCAGAGCUGGCUGAAGACCGAUUUCCCUGCUCGCUAUAUCUACGAACACCUUCUGCCAAUUGUCGCCAAGAAGAUCUGUCCGGAGCUCUUCUACCAUCCUGGCAGUCCUUGGGGAGACGGCAAGGUAUCGUCCGAUCCUACCGUUGGUGAUAUGCACCAGUGGAAUGUCUGGCACGGGACGCAAGAGAAGUAUCAGAUUUUCGACACCCUCGGAGGUCGUUUCAACAGUGAAUUCGGAAUGGAGGCAUUCCCCCAUAUUGCGACGAUCGACUACUUUGUUGAGAACGAAGCAGACAAGUUCCCUCAAUCUCACGUCCUCGACUUUCACAACAAGGCCGAUGGCCAUGAGCGAAGAAUUGCUACAUAUCUUGUUGAGAACUUACGCACAGCAACAGACCUGGAGACACAUAUCUACCUAACCCAAGUCGUUCAAGCGGAAACAAUGAUGUUUGGAUACCGUGGAUGGCGUCGCCAAUGGGGUGAUGAAAGGCACUGCGGAGGUGCUUUGCUCUGGCAGUUGAACGAUUGCUGGCCUACCAUCUCUUGGGCUAUUGUGGACUAUUUCCUACGCCCCAAGCCUGCAUUCUACGCUGUCUGCCGUGUUUUAAGGCCGGUAGCAAUUGGUGUCCGUAGAGAGCAUCACGACUGGAGUGUGUCCCACGCACAACCUCCUAAAACCAGCAAGUAUGAGCUGUGGGUUGUUAGUAGCCAGCAGACGGAGCUCGUUGGUAAGGUUGAACUGAAAUUCCUGUCUAUCAAGACCGGUCAGGAAAUCCGCGAGACGAUUGUGCAUGAGAAUGUUACGAUUGUGCCCAAUGGAACUACCAACGUCCUGGAUGGCGUUAUUGACCACACCGUCGAUGAGCCGCAUGUUCUCGCAGCUCGAGUGUGGGUAGAUGGUGAACUUACAGCACGGGAUGUAGAUUGGCCCCAGCCCUUCAAGUAUCUCGAUCUCUCGGACCGGGGCCUAGAAGUCACCAAGAUUUCCGAAUCCGAAAACGAGCAGAAGAUUCAGCUCAGUGCCAAGAAGCCAGUGAAAUGCUUGGUUUUUGAGGAGCGGGACGGCGUUCGGGUCAGUGAUAGCGCCAUCGAUAUUGUCCCUGGGGACGACCAGAUUGUCACCAUCAAGGGUCUGAAGCCGGAAGAUGCACCCCUGAAAUACAAAUUCCUGGGACAGUAGAUUCAGAGUUAGGGUUUAUAUACCUCCUGGUAAUUCAUGAUCCCAAAGUUUCAGAAUCUAAACGACUAGCCG